GCUUCUUUGGCGAUCAAGUUUAACUCUGGCGCUCACGCUCCUUUUAGGAGCUACUUCAGCUAACUGAGAGAGGAAUACACGGGCGCGGAAUUACACAGCUCGCUGACCGACGGUAUGGCUAUUUUUUUAGGUUCUGACGUGAACUGGGCGAAUUUUCAACCGCCUGUUACUUCUGGGUAACCGCCCCAAAUUGUUUGAUAUCAUGAGCGUGACAUUGACCAGGUAAAGCGAAGAUGAUUUUAUUUUGUUUCCACAAAUGAUUGUUUACUUAAAAAAAAUAUUCUGACACAAAUUAGAGUGUUCGCUGUGGAAAAGUAUUUUGUGUACGAAGGAGCUUCCAAGAUCUUUUAAGGAAAAGUCUGUGAUAAGAAAGUGAUAUAAAAACAUUGUUUUUGCAUGAACUUGAAGCUGUGAUGUUACAAGGAAGAACUUUUUAAUUCUAUGAUAUAACCCGGUGAUAUGAAUUAUUACAAUUCCUUUUGAGCUUUUGAAGCAAUUGUUGCAACGAAACUAAUUAGCUAUCACUGAAUUGAAAAACCGCUAAUUAAGGAGAAAAAGUGUGACAAACGAUAUAACGAUGAUGCAUCACAAAAAAGAAAGACCUAAACUUUCCGUAACUGCUUUACUUUAUGGAUCUCAUACCGGACUCCCAUGGUUGCAGUCUUCUGCAGGUCCCACCAUUUUAAGUUCUUCUUCUGCCACAAAUGGAUCUGGUGGAACUACUGUGACAGCAGCAGGUUUGCCGGCUGUGAGUAGUAGCCUUUCACAAACUGCAUAUCCAGGGAUCCUGCCUACGAAUUAUUCAGCACCCCAGUCACCACGAUAUCCCCCUAAUCAUCCUCUGAGUGGCUCUAAACAUUUGUGUUCCAUUUGUGGUGACAGAGCAUCCGGGAAGCAUUAUGGUGUAUACAGUUGUGAAGGCUGCAAAGGCUUUUUUAAAAGAACUGUCCGUAAAGAUCUGUCUUAUGCAUGUCGUGAAGACCGAAAUUGUAUAAUUGACAAAAGGCAAAGGAACCGAUGUCAGUAUUGUCGAUAUCAAAAAUGUCUUGCUAUGGGUAUGAAAAGAGAAGCUGUCCAAGAAGAACGACAAAGAACUAAGGAGCGAAAUGAAAAUGAAGUUGAAAGUACAAGUAGUUCCCAAAAUGACAUGUCCAUUGACCGUAUUCUGGAAGCUGAAUUACGGGUGGAACCUAAGACCGAAGGCUUAGAUGCAAGUUGGUUUGUAAAACAAGAGUGUCCUGUAUCUCCUCAAAAAGAUUCUGUGAUUAACAUAUGCCAAGCAGCAGAUAAGCAGCUUUAUCAACUGGUGGAAUGGGCUAAGCACAUACCACACUUUACGGAGCUUCCUCUUGAAGAUCAAAUGGUGUUAUUGAAAGCUGGCUGGAAUGAACUUUUGAUUGCUGCAUUCUCUCAUCGAUCUGUCGCCGUUAAAGAUGGUAUUGUUUUAGCGACUGGACUUGUAGUUCAUCGAAAUAGCGCACACAGUGCUGGCGUUGGCACAAUUUUCGAGAGGGUACUCUGCGAGUUAGUAGCAAAAAUGCGAGAAAUGAAAAUGGAUAAAACUGAACUUGGAUGCCUGCGAGCUAUUGUACUUUUUAAUCCAGAAGUUAAAGGACUGAAGUGUGCACAACAGAUUGAAAAUUUGAGAGAAAAAGUGUAUGCAUCUUUGGAAGAUUAUUGUAAGCAAAACUACCCUGAUCAACCUGGACGCUUUGCGAAACUUCUGCUUCGUCUUCCAGCCUUACGAAGCAUAGGACUGAAAUGUUUGGAGCAUUUGUUUUUUUUUAAACUAAUUGGAGACACUCCAAUCGAUAAUUUUUUAAUGUCUAUGCUGGAAGCUCCAAUUGAUCCGUGAUGUGAUGUUUUAAAAUUUUUGAUUUAAAAUUCCCUCCUUACUUUUUUUUUUGCGUUUGAAGUGUUUGUUUCAUAUACAUUAACUUAAAUCAUGCUUUAGGAAUACCGAAAGUGAGGAAAUUAUAGCUAUAAAGCUAAAUAGAAUUCAAAUUUUGUCAUAGAGGAAUAUACAUAUCGAAAUUUAGAUCAGACCAGAAAUAAGUUAUUAUUUAAUGAGUAAAAUAUUUAAUGCAAUGUUCAUAUAAUUCGUCUUCAGUUGGAUCACGUAUAUCACUUUAGUGAAAAUGGAUGCUAAAAUUAUUCGCCAAUAAAAUUAUCUAUAUUGAAUCAUUGAGUAAACAAAAUGCCCUCAUUAAAUGUAUGUGUAUAUAUAUAAUCAUACGCAUACCGAUAAAUUUACAUGUAUUCUAGUAUUUUAAUUGAUUAUAAUGCCAUUUUAAGGAGUGAAUGCCUUUUAUAUUCCCUCAAAUUUUGGCACUGUAUUUAACCCUUGUGUACAUAUUAUCAGACGAUUCGUUUCCGAGGAUGAAAACGAAGCAAUGAAUUUUAUCAAAAACAAAAUGAAAGAAAUUUAUAUUUUAACAUCUUCCUGCUGUAAAAUUAUUUAUUUACAAUUUUUCGGAGUUAUUUACUUCUUUAUAGUUACAGUUAGAAAUACUUGGUAUCUCCGUAUUUUUACUUGUAGAAUCUUAUUCUGUAUUUUCAGUCACCAUCUAGAAUGAAAUUCCAGUUUUAUUCAUUGUCAUUGUAACAUCGGAAGUAUUCUAAAAAGCUUUUUUUUAUAUAUUAGUUAUAAAUAGUUUCAAUUUUACUAUGGUUAAAGUUUGUUUUUUAUAAGUUUACUUAUAUAUUUUUGUAUGUUUUCAAUUAAAGCUAGAAAUUUGGUACAUUAAAACGUGGAAAUUUUAAUAAUGAUUAUAAAAUUGUACUUCUCAGAUAUUCAAUGGCAUGGCUAAUUAUAGUCGUCUAAAUUUAUUUUGUUUAAAUACCUUGUACAUUAUUCAUUUUUAAGAUUUGUUUGUCCUUUAAAUUUAAUAUUCUUUGCAUCUACGAAAAUUUGACUAUGAAUUCGAAGUUUGUUAAAUUUAUUCCAUUAUUCGUUUUAAAAAAUGUAAUAAUUUAUGAAAACUUAUCUUUGUAUCCCUGAUUAUCCUCAUUUGACGUCAAUUAAAAGUUAGCAAGUAAUUUCCAAACCGAUUGAUUUUUUUAAAGAAAAUAUGCCCUAUGAAUCAUGCCUUUUGCUUGAGAUGAGAGAAAAAUCUACGUCCUUCUUUUUUCUUUGUUUAUUUUUAUCGAAUAUUGAAUUACAUGUAAAAUUUAAUUUUGAACAUUUUAUAAACAAUGUUUUAAAUUUUGCAGAAUGUUGAUUAAGAACUUCUGUAAUUUUUAACCAUAGAAUUUAAUUUCAUAUAUAAUUUGCUUUUUUGGUAAUGCUACACUGUCAUUUUUUUAAAAUUUAAUGGAAGUGAGAAAUGCAUAAAAUUUAGCAGAAACAGAACUUUAAAACUAUAUCAACAUUCAUUUCGACUUGUACUUUACUAUGAGGGAAUUAUAAUUUUGGCUUUCUUGCGUUUACCAUUUCUUCUUACUAAAUUUAUUAUUCUCUGCAUUUGAACAUAAUGACUUGUUAUUUUUACUUUACAUAGAUAUGAAAAUCCCACUGAAGCAUUAAUGAAAUAGUAUUGUUUUCAUUAAAAAUAUACCUAUUUAAGAAAUCACGAAAAACUGGCAUUAUGUUCAAAAGUGAUUAAGAAUAUUAUAUUUCCAAUAUAAUACUCUUACUCACUGCCAAAUAUUCAUUCAAAUAGUUUUUAUUUCAAUUUUUUCAUAUAUAUUUACACAUUAAAUGUCGUUUCUUAAAAAUCUUAAUACUAAAUAUAUUGAUAAUUAUUUGAUAAAUUUAUUUGGAAUAUCUAUAUUAAUUUGUCUGAUUAUUGUCAUAGCCAUUUUCUGUAUUUCAUUGCUAGCAGUGAAAUUGGACCAUAGACUUCCUGCACGUAAUUACUUGUUCUGUUGCAUUAUGAUGCAUGUAAAGUAAGAAUUACAGUUUGUUAUUACAUCAAUAUUUCUUUUUUACUGUGACAGGCUGAUAUUAUAAGUUGUCAUUUAAUUCGUAUUUUCCUUCUGUGAAAAUUAGAAAUCUUUAAUGAUUGAUAUAAUCAUAUUGUAUUUUCAUUUUGCUUACAGUUUUUGUUUUAUAGUGGAAGUUACUUUUUACCAUUAAGUCAUUACAGUGCAAUUCAAAUAACUAUAUUCAUUUGCUGUAUUUAUUACUAGCUAAAAGAAGUUCAAAGUGUAUGUCGAUUCGGGUUAAAAAUUUGUUGGCUUAGCAAACUCUUUUGGAGAUGCAAUAAGAGCUAUUUAGAAAGCAAUACUGAAAAGUCCGAAAGGCCAAAAAUUAAAGCCGAAUCCUUGCUGUUUACCUGUUUAUUAAAAUAAUUGCUAUUGUGCUUGAUUUUCAUAGUACUUCGUUUUGCAAGUAGAAGAAAUUUUACAGCAAAAUAAAUGUACUUUAUAAAUUAUCGCUAUAUAUGAUUUUGAUUAUAAAAAUUUCUCACGGAUAAGAUGAGAAUACUACAUCAUUUCUAUUCAUGUUCGCAAAUAAAUGCAUUUCGGACACAAAGUACUUCAGACUUCGGGCUUAAGAUAAAAAAAAAAAAAAAAAAAAGCGAAGGGUACUUUGACUUAACUCUACUCAAGAGGAUUCUACUACAUUCCUACUACAUAGAAGAUGCUAAUUCUACUAUAAAACCUUGCCAAAUCUUUCCCGACCAAACAUUCAUGCUAUGUCACAUUUCGAAAUUAAUUGGAUUUUGAUUGUUACAAGUCUUUGCUUGCUUUUUUUUUCUUUUAUCAUUGAUUGGUAUAUGUUGAGGCAGCAUGAUUAACGUCAUGUAUUUUUCAGUCAUGUUAUUCCCAAGUUCAGUCAUUAAAAUUUUUAAAGAGUUGUUUCGUUAUUUACUGCAGAAUUUUCUUAAUCAUUAUAAAUUCAGUGAUUAAAUAAUGUUUAAUAUUAAAUAGAAAUUUAAAUGGCAGCUUUAAAAUCCCGAAAAGCAUUUCAGAAUUUACUAAUGAAAGUGUCAUCCACAAAUACAUGAUUUAAUGUUUUUACAGUAGAAUAUGACAGUUGUAUAGCUAUACUGGCUUGGUAUCGUUUUAUGUAUUGGAAUAAAUUGAAACAUAUAUA